AUCCCCGGAACUCAGCUGCAGGCGACGCAAUGUUCUAAGAAAAAUUAAAAAACGGGAGAUUUUUAUAGAUGAACCAUUUCCCCUUUGACUGUUGAAUGCUCUUUCAGUCAGCGCAUCGUAACUAUUACGCCACAAUCUCCCGGAUCCGGAUGGGUGCAGGUUCCCCAGCAGCAAAAACAGACAGUUAUUGAUAAAAUUGUUUAACAUGGUACAUCCAUGUGAAAACAGUUUGUUGUCCUUCGAUGCUGCCGUGUUGGUCGAACACAAUCGACUACGUGCCCAGCACUCGGCCGACCCGCUAACGCUCAAUUCAACCAUUAGUCAAUGCGCGCAGGAAUGGGCCAAUCACAUAGCCAGUCGGAAUUGUAUGCAACAUCGGCCGAACAAUCGUUACGGUGAAAAUAUUUACGCUUGCUGCGGCAAAAUUGAUGUCUCAGGAGAAGAGGUGGUCCGAGCAUGGUACAACGAAAUCAAGGACUACCGUUUUGAACAGGCCAAUCCUUGCAACUUCUGUCAGGUGGGCCAUUUCACUCAGGUGGUGUGGAAGAGUUCAACACAGCUGGGAGUGGGCAUCGCUAGGAAUGGGAAAAAUUUGUACGUCGUAUGCAACUACGAUCCUCCAGGAAACUACGGCGGACAGUACCUGGCUAAUGUUGCUUGCAGCUAGUUGUUCAUUUAACAGUUACAAGGAUGGUUAUUUUUAAUAUAUGUUAUAUGUAUAUAUAUAGGAACAUAUAUAGGUAUAGAACAUACAAAUUUAUACGCGAGGUACUCCGAACACCAUGUGUGUUGAAUGGGUACGAUAUCCUACGCAGGUGUGGAAGCUGCCUUCCUGCAUAUUCGCUUGCCGUCAA